UUUGUGUCAUGUCAAGCCUUUGUGCGAAAUAGAGUGAGCAUCUUGGCCAAUUGGCUUCUUCUUCCCUUUGUGUAGGUUUUGUACUAGUCUGUUUACAAAACAGUGCAGCGAGUGUGUUGUGUCUUGGGAAAAAGCACGAGGCCUGGUGCUGGAAGCAGACAUGCCGCAAGGCUACACGCUUACUGGGGGCUCAACGCCCACAGGCUCAUCAUGGCUCGGCCUGUCCGCCAUAACCGACACGUUCUGGGCCAUUGUGAACGUCGUGGUUCUCUUCUUCCAGACUCUGGUCAACCCAAGCCUGACCAAGGCGUCAAAGAGUGCUUCGAGCAAUGGCAGAUCCUACAGCAGCACUGACUAUCGACGGCCGGGAGAUGGGCCACCUGCUCCUCCGCGCAGGUUUGGUGGCUUCCACAAUCGGAAGCAAGGCGGCCCAUCAGCGCCACCAAUGGCAGGCGGUGGAUGAGGACGGUAAAUGCCCUUGCUUCAUGUAAGCUUGGGCAGUGAAUGACCGUGUUUGCUGUGAAGGCUGUCGCGUCGUUUCUCCGAAAUUGACAUGACUGACCGUGUGACGACAAACGGUGAAAGCAUCUCGUACAUGCAACCGAUUGUUUGAUUUUUCUUCAACAGCAGCACAGUCCACCACCUCCGUCUACCUGUUGUGACUUCUUGUUACUCACCUGUAUGCGUACCCGGUACCAUCUUGACAUACUAAACGAAAUACAUGUCGUAUAUAAUUUCAUGUAAAAUUCUCACGGCAGCAUAUGCUCAUAAAAAUAUCAUUUGCUAUGCAGUAUGUACUCAAUGUACGUCGUGAUUAUGGGUAUUAUUUUCAAUCUAGCACUUUUCUCAAUCAGCAUUUGUGCACAAACAAUGCUUACACUGCCUUGCAUUGUGUGUGGUUUAUACAUACAGUUUUGUUAGGGAAACUAUUAUGAAGCAGGACACUCAAAAAAGGUGUUGCAUCACUCGCUCCACGUGAGAACGGGGUAGCGUAUGCCCCGCAAGUCCGCUGUCUAUCUGUUCGCUUCGCCUGAAUCUUUCACAAUCAAUCUUUCAGGCGUUGUAAUAGUUUGGCCUUGGCCUGGACCACA